AGCAGCCACCAAGGCCAUGUGUGUGGGGAUGAAGUACUGGCAGCCUGAGAGGCUAGACAACCUAGUGGAGGUCAGCAUUGAGACGGGGCGCAUGACCCACAACCACCCUACAGGUACCAUGACCCACAACCACCCUACAGGUACCAAACACCAUGACCCACAACCACCCUACAGGUACCAUAUACCAUGACCCACAACCACCCUACAGUUACCAUAGACCAUGACCCACAACCACCCUACAGGUACCAUAUACCAUGACCCACAACCACCCUACAGGUACCAUGACCCACAACCACCCUACAGGUACCAUAUACCAUGACCCACAACCACCCUACAGGUACCAUAUACCAUGACCCACAACCACCCUACAGUUACCAUAGACCAUGACCCACAACCACCCUACAGGUACCAUGACCCACAACCACCCUACAGGUACCAUACACCAUGACCCACAACCACCCUACAGGUACCAUGACCCACAACCACCCUACAGGUACCAUACACCAUGACCCACAACCACCCUACAGGUACCAUAUACCAUGACCCACAACCACCCUACAGGUACCAUACACCAUGACCCACAACCACCCUACAGGUUUCCUGGGCUCUCUGACCACGGCUCUGUUUGCAUCGUACGCGGUGCAGGGCAAACCGCUGGUGACCUGGGGUCGCGACCUCAUGAAGGUCAUCCCCAAGGCCGAGGAGUACUGUAAGAAGACCAUACGCCACAUGGCAGAGUACCAGGAGAAGUGGUUCUACUUCGAGGCUAAGUGGCAGUUCUACCUGGAGGAGAGAGGCGUGGAGGAGGAGGGGCAGAACAAGCCCCUGUUUCCUGACACCUACAACGCUGAGGAGACAGACAAGGUGUAUAAGCGCUGGAGCUCAGAGGGCCGGGCUGGACGGAGGGGUCAUGAUGCUCCCAUGAUAGCCUACGAUGCUCUCCUGGCCUCAGGCUCGGACUGGACCCAGCUCUGCCGCCGCGCCAUGUUCCACGGAGGGGAGAGCAGUGCCACUGGGCUGAUAGCAGGCUGUCUGUACGGUCUCCUGUUCGGCCUGUCCCAGGUCCCUGAAGGGCUGCACCAGGAUGUGGACCGACGCACGCGACUGGAGGAGCUCGGAGCCGAACUGUACAAGGCAGCCUCCGCAGAGAGGAGCACAGAGAAAGCAGAGAGAGCAGCGAAUGCAGGGCCAUCAGGCCUCAUUGUGGACACCAGAACCCUGAGGAGGCUGGUUUGGGACCGGACGACCCGCCCGGAGCUCAGAGGGGUUCUGGAGAGCCUGCUCCACUACCUAACCCAGGACCUGCCCGGCCGGAGCCCAACCGCGAGGCCCCCUGAGAGGUUAGGGCUGGAGGUCAGUGUGGGGUUGAAGGUGCCCCAGUUCAGCAGGUGUGGAGGUCGACCAGCAGGGAGCGACGUCUCAAGACGCCUCACCUCCUUCCAGCUUCUCCAGGCCAAGUUCCUGAGGAACACCCCCAACCCUCCGCUCACUCACCGCCGGGAGGUGGGGGCCCUGGCACUGUCCUCCAGAGGGGGUGGAGGAGGAGGCUGUGGCAGCCAGAGCCAUGGCAGAGAGACCCCUAGUGGACAGGUUGAGGGCUGCAUUCCCAAAACAGGACGUGGAGUGAGAAAGGGAAACAUUGUUAAGGAUGUGCUGGCCAGGUUUGCCGCAGCAACGCAGAAAGAGAGGGGAGGGGCCACACAGGUGGGAGGAGCGUCGAAAAGACCCCGACCAAUCGGCAAGGGGAAGCUACUGUCUGCCAUAAUGGACAAGUUUGAAACAAUGGCGACGGUGCACCGGGGAAGUGACGUGAGUUGCCAGAAGAAAAGCUCCUCUCCUGGUACCAGCUCAUCUGGACGUGUCAACGAAUUAGUGAGUCGUCAGGAAGAAGAGGUACAACAGUGCUUAGGUCAACCAGGUCAACCCGUCAAAGGUCAGAGUUCAGUGAAGCAACAGGUUAAGAGUAAAGGCUGGGGACAGCAGAGGAAAGAGAACCCCUAUGGAGUACAGGAAGGAGAUAGAGGAUCAGAGAAGACAGUAGCUGGUCUGAAGGAUUCACUUCAACACAGAAAAGGGAGGAACUGGAAUCAGAAGGUGAAAGGUCAUUCUGUAGUCAAUAAGCAGAUAAGGGCUCCAGGUUCAGAUCAAGAAGCUGAAGGUCAGAUUCAGGAUUCAAUUAAGGAGGUAGAAGUUUGGGGUGCUAAUCAACAGGUAGAUACUCUGGGUACGAACCAACAGGUAGAUACUCUGGGUACGAACCAAGAAAAGGUUGUUAGCUCAGGUCAAAGACGAGAAGGCCAUGGUUCAGAAUUGAACAAGGAGCUAAAGGUUCAGAGUGAAAACAUUGAAGUUAAGGCUUCAGUGGGUCAGGAAGUGGUGGUACAGGCUUCACAUCAGGAAAAUCAGGAUCCUGAUCAAGACAGUGAAGUUAAAGUUUCAGGUCUGGAGCUCAAGGCACAGGUUACAGGUCAGGAGGUCAAGGCACAGGUUUCAGAUAAGGAAUUAAAGGUACAGGUCUUAGGUCAGGAGCUCAGCUAUGUGCAGGUAGAGCUGCUCUGCUCUGCUGCAGUGGUCCAGUGGUCUCCCCCAGCACCCCAGGUAGGGAUACCUGAGGUAGAGGCCUUGCAGUCUGGGUACCUGGCAACACUGCUCCCUUGUCCUCCUGUGUGGGCACUAGCUUCCUCUGUGGAUCCACCAGCACAGAAAUACUCAGGGUUAGGGUCCAAAACCAGGACCCUGGAAGGCUCACAUCUCUCCUACCCCUGGAGAAAACAGUACAUGGAUCCACCCCAACCCCGGUCCACCCAGAGAGGCCAGCCCAGAUACCCCAUCCCUAGGAGGGCCCACGGCUCAGAAUCAGAACCAUCAGAACUGGGCGAGGCCCAUAACGCCAGCCUCUCACCCCCAUCUUCUGAAUCUACGACCCCUGAUGUCAUGACCUCUGUCCCCACAACCCCUGAUCUUGACCUUUGCUUCCUGCCAUCAGCGCCCACAACGUCCAACCAGGAGCACCGCCCACAUGAAGCCAAACAGGAAGUAAAUGCCCCCACGGCACUGCAAAGUGGGGAGGGGGAGGUGACAUGUCAGGAGGGGGAGGGGCAGGGUAGCGCUGUGAUGUCACACAAAGAUGAUGCCAUCACUAUGCGUGGUUCGAAUGUUGCAGAGCCAGAAAGACUACAGACAGAAAAGCAGGAGAGACCAAAGUACAGGACGCUAAACUACGGCGACCCUUCUGCGAAACUGAUUCAUAAACCCAGAAUCAUCCGAUUCACAGAUACCUUUCAUUUCUAAGUCCCUCGUCCACUCACUCUGACUUCAGUGAUGCGUCCGUCUGUGAAGGAUAAAAGCCUUCUGAACUUUCUCUCUCCUCACAGUGAAACACGAUACACCUUCAAGGUCAUGCCAGCUAUCCCAUGUGUUGCUGUCCUCUGAAAGCCGUGGGGUUUGCAGGAAGCAGCCUACGCUCUACGUGUGGUGAUUUACUCAGAAGCUGUGUAAUGCUCCAAGUAGAGUAGCGCGUGUGUGUGUGUGCGUCGUCCGUACUGUAACAGUGGAAAGACAAACAGAACAGCGGUGUUAAACAUUGACUAAGCUAAGCCUAAUCUUUAGAAUGGGAUUUUCGUGGAAAACAAUGUGAAGCAAUAAUAUCAGGAUUUAAACUGUAGCUAUGACAACCGAGUCAAACAAACCCUCUGCUCUUUAUCAGAUUAAAGAAACUCAAUCCCUUAUCUUGUAGUUAUUGUAUUGUUGACGUUGUGAUCAAAAUCUGAAACAGUUUUACUGUUCCCUUCUAAUCAACUUUUAAUUCAUUAGCCGGUUUGAGUUAGCUCUACUGACCUUGGCGUGUCUAUACUCUCCCUAAGGGCUCGUGACUAUUGUCGUUAUCA